UUUUCAGUAGAAGCUAUGGAGAGUACUAAACCCAACAAGAAACCUUCCUUUCAGCUCCAGCAACCACUACCGUCGUCUCCUCCACUCCCAUCUCCUCUAAAAACGAUCAUCCUCGUGGCUUCCAUCGCCGCCGGAAUCCAAUUCGGCUGGGCCUUGCAGCUAUCCCUCCUCACCCCAUAUGUUCAACUCCUCGGCAUCCCUCACAAAUGGGCCUCUCUCAUUUGGCUCUGUGGACCCAUCUCGGGAAUGCUGGUGCAACCCAUCGUUGGUUACCACAGCGACCGUUGCACGCGUUUUGGCCGUCGACGCCCUUUCAUUGCAGCGGGAGCCGCCCUGGUCUCCACCGCGGUUGUCCUCAUCGGCUUCGCAGCUGACUUAGGCCAUCUCUUUGGGGAUUCCAUGGCCAAUGACAUCAAGCCACGUGCCAUUGUGGUGUUUGUCAUAGGGUUUUGGAUCCUAGACGUGGCCAACAACAUGCUUCAAGGGCCAUGCAGAGCUUUACUGGCUGAUCUUUCAGGGAACAACCAGAAGAAAACGCGAACAGCAAACGCCCUUUUUUCAUUCUUCAUGGCGGUUGGAAACGUUCUUGGCUUCGCUGCCGGUUCCUACCCUCACCUUCACAACAUCUUGCCCUUUACAAGCACGAAGGCUUGUGAUGUUUACUGUGCAAAUCUCAAAAGCUGUUUUUUCUCCAUUUUGCUCUUGCUGACCCUAACCUCCAUCGCUCUCUCUUACGUGCAUGAAAGACCCUGGUCACCGGCACCUGGAUGCGCCGGUAACCAAGGUGACGAGAUUGAGGAUGAAGAAGAACCAGCAGAGGCGACGCCGGUUCCCUUCUUUGGGGAAGUAUUCGCUGCGUUUAAAGACUUGAAAAGACCCAUGUGGAUUCUCCUGUUGGUGACGUGUCUUAAUUGGAUUGCAUGGUUCCCUUUCUUGCUGUUCGACACUGAUUGGAUGGGGAGAGAGGUGUACGGUGGGGAUUCGCAGGGGAAUAACCGUUUGAGGCUGUACAAUAAUGGGGUACGUGCGGGGGCGUUGGGGCUCAUGUUGAACUCUGUGGUGUUGGGGUUCACAUCUCUUGGGGUGGAGCUGUUGGCGCGUGGGGUUGGAGGGGUCAAGAGGCUUUGGGGGAUUAUCAAUUUCUUGCUUGCUUUUUGUUUGGCCAUGACAGUUUUGGUGACCAAAUUGGCUAAGUCAAACCGCCGGUUCGCCACCGCGGACGGUGUCAACGUCCCUUUGCCACCAGGAGCAGGGGUCAAGGCAGGGGCAUUAUCUCUAUUUGCAGCAUUGGGGAUACCCUUAGCUGUGACUUACAGCAUCCCUUUUGCAUUGGCAUCCAUAUUUUCUAGUUCCUCCGGUGCAGGCCAAGGGCUUUCUUUGGGAGUGCUGAAUCUUGCAAUAGUAACGCCACAGAUACUGGUUUCAUUAGGGAGUGGACCCUUUGAUGCAAUAUUUGGAGGUGGAAACCUUCCAGCUUUUGUACUUGGAGCAUUUGCAGCAGCUGCAAGUGGAAUAUUUGCUUUAACCAUGCUCCCAUCUCCACCCCCUGAUAUCCCUGCUGCCAAGGCUGCAACUGCUGGAUUUCAUUAA